AUGGCGGGGCAGCCGUCCCAGACAGGCAGCCCGAAACUGCCGUCAUUCUACUCUCCCCGGACACAUCCCGCCGCCACCACCGAUGACGUGCCAGCAAGCGAAGCAACCGCACUAGAUGGCCCGCCACAAUCCGAGCCUUCCGCGUCACGACCGUCGCAACAAACACAAGGGGCGCCGAGCGCCCGGCCUUCCGCGGCCAUCCUCCGUGGAGCAUUGGGACACGACCAGCCGCUCCCACCACCUUCCCUCCUCUCACCGGCGUUCACACCGCCCGGGACGCCCGGAACAUCAACUCCGAACCCCUCCUCCCUCAUACCACGCGGCGUGCCGGUUGAUAGCAGCGUCGAGUCGGGUGGCUGCGGCUCCAAGAGGCCACGGCUGUUGGAGAAGCUUCCGGAGGUGCAGUGCAUAGUGCGUGCACGCAUCCCCACCACCGCAGGUACCCAGAUGUUCCUGCACCUGUAUACCAAUAACGUCGACAACAAGGAGCACCUUGCUAUCGUGUUUGGGAACAACAUCCGCAGCAAGAGCCUGGACGCUGUGCGACCAGGAGAGACGGAGAUGGACCGCAUGAUUAGGGGUGCCUACACGGGAGUUCUGUAUCCAGGAAGGACGAGCAGCAGUGCGGCCGACGCUCCAGAAGGCAGGCAGGAACAGGAGCAGCAAAACGGCGAGCGCAACGACAUCCCUCUGGUCCGUAUUCACAGCGAAUGCUAUACGGGUGAGACAGCUUGGUCUGCGCGGUGCGACUGCGGCGAGCAGCUUGACGAGGCGGCACGGCUCAUGUCUCUGCCAUCAAACGCGACCGCCGGCGGAAUCAUCAUCUACUUGAGGCAAGAGGGGCGAGGAAUCGGGCUCGGCGAGAAGCUCAAGGCAUACAAUUUGCAGGACCUGGGAUCUGACACUGUCGAGGCGAAUCUGCUUCUGCGACACCCAGCGGAUGCACGGUCUUACGGCCUCGCGACGGCGAUGCUGCAGGACCUAGGUCAGAAGGAGAUACGGCUCCUAACCAACAACCCCGACAAAAUUAGAGCGGUAGAGGGUCCCAACAGAGAGGUCGUGGUUCGGGAAAGAGUCGCAAUGAUACCAUUGAGCUGGAGGGGAAGGGGAGGUUUCAGAAGUAAAGAGGUGGAGGGGUACUUGAAGACAAAGAUCGAAAAAAUGGGCCACAUGUUGGAUAGUGGGUCGAUGCCUUCGUGA